AGACAGUCUCAGUCAGAAGUUUUGUGAUUAUCGUCCCAUUGGUAUUCACAUUCUCCCUGGUGUCGAAUACAUAGAAGAAGGAGACUGACGAACAUCAAUCAUGUAUUGUUCACAUUUGAUUUUACUAUGCAUUCAAUAGAUUUACUCACCUUCCUAGGACUAAGUACGACUAGGACUAAUACAAAAUUCUUGUCAAUGUGAAAUCAUUUAAGUUUGUAGGUAGCUGGAAUGUAAUAAAUAUGACUGACUCUGUCUUUGACCGCAUCAUAUUGUUCUAGAAAAUUCGUGUGAAGCGAACGCGGAGAAGCCACCCUCGUUAUGGAGGGUGGACAUGUAGUCUCGCGUUGUAAUAAGGGGCUCCUCAUCUUGGUACCAAGUGCUUGUUCUUGCGCAUUGACUCCGUGUCCUUCGCAUGAUUGAAGAUUAGAACUAGAUUGUGGCUUUCUUUUGUAUUCAUCCUCCACGCUUUAUUCACUGCAUAUGACUUUCUAUUUUUCUCGUGAAUGUAUGUGUAUUUUUGUGGGAUCGAGAAUAUAUCCAUCUUCAUCGAGCAGGAGCAGGUCGUUCAUUCAGAUUAUAAAUAAUCGCGAGUGUCGAAGCACCGCCUUUUAGCGCUUCGAUGAUUUACAGAUACAGUUUCUAUCACCGCCUAAUUUCAUAUUCAGUAGUCCACAUCCUCACGCUCAACUUCCCCUUGUGAAGGCGACGUUAAACUAUUGUUGAAUUUAUUACAACUGAUGCAUUUUCUUCGUCUUCUACUUGUACUUCUUACUUGUUGAUCAAUCUUUCUUCAAACUUCCGUGCGGUGUCCGCUGGACUUACGGUUAGUACAGCUAGUACUAGGCUCACAGAGCAGAAGAUGUCGCAGGAGGGAGCUAUGCCGCCAACCCUCUCGGGGGCGCGGUCGACUACUACCAGCAUCGGUGGUAACAGCAUCGGUGCUACCCGGCCGCGCAAUCGCACGCUGACCCGGUCGCAGACUUUGGCGCGACAAAAGAAUGACCUGCGGGCGCAUGCCAAUCGGAAGAUGGAGGUAGGGCGUCUGGCCUUUGAGGAUGCCAAAUACCACUUCACCCAGGCGGAGAAGCUGGAGUUAUUCGUGGACAAGGGCGGCCAGGGCCAGUCCGAACUGCUCCACAAGCUGGACCUUUACUUUGGGAUUCUCAUUUGCCUGAACAUGCUCAUCCUGGGAAUCGAAACGGACCACGGAGGCGCGUUUCCACCGGGCCCGCAGUCCCCUUUCUGGUGGACGGAGUCCGUCAUUCUCGCGCUCUUUCUCUGCGAGUUCUACUGUCGCUUGCGCAUUGAGCCCUUUCCCCGAGUCCGCACGAUAUACGCUACAUCCUUGCCCCCAGAAGUUAACUUCGAGGAAAAUAAUGCGCGUUUUCGCGGUGGCGGCCUCGGUGGCAAUGAUUCGGAUGAGGACGUCGAUGACGACGAUGAAUCGGCGGACGACUCCGACAGUGAACGAGCAAAGUCUGGCGCGCCAGCCAUCAUUAGCAGAAAGGACGGGCAGAAGGAGGACGACAAGGCUACGAGUGAACAAAAUGAUUCUGCUGCCAUAUCAGCCAAUGUGGAGGAUGGGAGGAGCGUCGGAACGAAAGCAGUACCGCCACCAAUUACUAUUCCGGAUUGUGGUCCAGCGGAGGGUAUUAGUGAGAUGAAGCUAAUCGAUCUACAGAUCGAGGUAGCGCAACUGGAAAGUACUUCUACUUGUGUAGAGUCUACGCCUGCAGUAGAUUCAUUGAACGCAGAUAAGAGAGACGGAGAUGACAAGUGCAACAAAGGCGAAAGUGGUAAAGCCAUCGAGGGCGCGAGCAACAGAAGGGAGAAGGCUGCCAAAAGAAAAGCACGAAAAGAGGAGAAACGGAAGGAAAAGAUUAAGCGUAUUCUUGCGAAAGGUGGUGACGACGAUGACGACGACGACCCGCUGCAAGCACACCCGUCCAUGACACCGCUAGAGGUUCUCAUGAUGCGCCAAAAUGCGGCGGGUUUGGAUGUGGGCGACGAGCCGGAUUCCGAGAACAACUUUACUGCGACCGACGUGAUUAAAAUCGAAAGCGAAGGUUGCUGUAUGGGUAUUCUGGAAUGGUUUAUAUUGUACUUCCAAACGCGCCAGUGGGUUCAGAUCACGUGGCUGGGUCUCGAUUUCAUAGUGAUUGUGGCUUCCGCCAUCGACGUGUGGGGCGUGCAACUGAUGUCGGGGGACGACUUCGGAAACGUCUCCGCCCUCCGCGUACUCCGGUUGCUCCGCGUGUUGCGAUCCAUCAAACUGAUUCGCUACUUCCGUGACCUGUGGCUCCUGGUGCACGGACUGGGGCGCGCCUUGUGCAGCAUUUUCUGGGUGAUGAUGCUGCUCGGGCUGGUGAUCUAUGUGUGCGCUUUGUUUCUUACCUCGCAGGUGCAGAACAAUGACUUCUACCUCGUGGGACCAGACGGCACCGGUCCCCCGCACCCGGAUCCGCGGUACGAAAACGUCCGGCAAUACUUCUCCACAGUGCUGCACUCCAUGAUGACGUUGUUCCAGAUCGUGACCCUGGAGAACUGGCCUGACAUUGUGCGCACCAUGAUGGAGGAACAGGAGGCGUACGGCCUCUUCUUCGCCUUGUUCAUCGUCACCACCAACUUUAUGAUGAUGUCCCUGUUCAUCGGUGUCCUCGUGGACAACCUCACGAGUGCCACGGAGACGGCGGACCUGCAGCUCAUCCAGCAGAUCCGCGACCAGCAGGAGUCCCUGCGCGACGAGCUGACCGAGGUGUUCUUCCUCUGUGACGCUGACGGAAGCGGGCAGGUCUCGCUGGCGGAGUUCAAGGAGACCAUGAUGAUCGACGAGCAGAUGCGACACAAAGUGCUGAAAAACUUGAACAUGUCAACCGAAGGAGAAAUCGAGACCCUCUUCGAGACGCUGGAUGGUGACGGAGACGGAAUUUUAGAAAAAGACGAAUUCGUGGACGGCAUUCUGAAGACGCGCGAGUCUGAAGUCGGCUGUCUCAUGCUGCAAAUGCAGAAUCGUAUCCUGCGCGAACUGAAGCACGCGCUCAAUCACGGCCUGUCGAAAUCCAAGGCCCUCAAAAAAAGUAAAGCGCCGGAAGACAGGCAGGAGUCCUCUGACCUCGACAUGGCUGGGCGGAAAAUGAAAAAAGGGGCGUGGGGGAAACAGCAAAAACAGCAAUUAUGGAGAGGUAGUAAGCAACUGUCACUGUUCGAUCUGGACGCCCAUGCUAAUUCCUCCCCUAAGCCAAUGUUCUAUUCCGCCGACAGUGCCUGGACAGCAAAGAAAACCUGCGCCGUUUGUGGACGAGGAGAUGAGACGGGAGACAAUCAGAGCGAGUCUAGAGGCCCCGGUGGAGGUGGAGCAAAGAAUAAGAGCAAAAAUAUGAUGAGAGCGGACAACUUCGCUGCAGCCGAGGGGGAGGCAAACCAGGGAAUAAUGUUGGAGGAGCGUCUAGCCCACAUGAGCAACCUUCCAAGCAACUACUCCUCCACGACAGCGGCUACAGCCACAGCCGCGUCCGUCUGCGUGCAAGCGAACAAAAAGGGGAACAAAACGCAACCACGCAACGAAGGUGGACCCGCGAUCGCAGGGCUAGCCAGCGGCGGCCCGCCGCGCUCAGAAGGGCUGCUAGCCGCGGAUGGAACUUCUAGCAGUCGAAGCAAGACCACGUCGACAAUCGCCGCAUUUGACACACUCACCAGUUCUCCGAGCGUGAUGAACCUGAGUGGCGCUACGGCCUCAACGUCGUCUCCGGUUCCUCUCGAAAAGGUACUAGAGCAGACAUCAGCAACGGGAACUAGCAACAGCAACUCCUCCGCUGCUGGGCAGAACAGCUACCUGCGGGAGGAGCUAGCUGCACGAGCAGCUCCUGGUAGUACACAAGCGAAUGAGCAAAACUCCCAUGUGGCACGCCCGCCGACAUCAGGAAGUGGCGCCAGCAGCGGAAGCGUUUUCAGCACAUUUCGCGGCUUAUCUUCCCUAUUCGGAGGCGGAGGCUCGACGGCAGGCGCAAUAUGUAGUGUAGAGCAGACGGCAGACGCCGCCGCUUCAAAUUUGAUACCUUGCGCUGGUGCACCAAACCAGACAUACGUCGGUGCAUCUUCUGCUCCUGUUUCUUCACUACCUGCCACGUUCCACUUUGCAAGCAGACCGGGUGACGAGGAAGAUCCGAUGUCUUUCAAUGUCAACAGCGCGGAGGCGGAACAUCACGCAGCCGCCUAUAGCAGAAGUCUGUCGUCCACCUCGAGUCAGAGCACGAGCAAUGUUCCCUCACAUGCCGUCUCGAGGUGUGCAACACCAGAGAAUGGCCUGGUAGGCAUCGAGGAAACCGGAGACGACGAAGCAGCAUCUUCAUCUAGUGCCGCAGCCGCGAAUCCUGUUCCAGGAUGGCCAUGGAGCAGCUCCGCAAGCGAAGCAAGUGCUUCUCCUGCGGUCAGGGCAUCCACACGGGAGUCCUCCUUUUCAUCGUCCUCGUGCCUACUUACUGGCGCAGCACCUGGCUAUGCCGGAAACAGCCCUAACUCUAGCAGCAAUAUGCUUGCUGUUGCUGCUGGGCCAAGCAGAAUGUCCGAUGGGGGAGUUGUCAUACGCAACGCGAGCGGACAGGAAACCGUGCUCACACCCGCAGACGUUUACAACAUUGUUCUUGCAGCGAUGCAGGGACAACAAGACGCACGAGGAGGAGCUAUACCGCCACAAACCAGCGAUCACAGUCGAUCAUGCUAG